UGCAUUGUAUAAGCCAUAGAACUUGGCCCUACCAUCUUCUUCUUUCUCAAUAAUGCCCUUUAAAUAUCCAAGUGAGACCUUUGUGUUUUUUAAACUUCAAUGGAAUUCUUCAAGCUUUUUGGCAUGUCUUUCAUUUCUUGUUCUAAGCUUACCAAGUUCAGGUUGUUGGUUAUUGAGUUUAAGGAGCAGCAAGUUUUCGAUAAAGCUUUUCGGUUCUUCGUCGAAGCUUCAAAGACGGUCGGGUUUGCUUUGUUCUUAUCUCUUCUUGCUCUAGUUGGUGCGUCGGCGGGGACGGUCAUCGGAGCUUUCAAAGGCCAUGGCGCGGCCAUAGGAGCUAUUGCCGGCGCCGCCACAGUCCUUCAAAUAUUGAAUUGCACUGAAUCUGGGCAUAGAUAUACAUUAUCAAGGGAAGCAAUAAUGGAAAGGUUGAUGGAUGGGAAGGGGUUAAUGAACUGGGCGAACAACUUCUCGGAGUAUAUAUGUCGAGAGAUAUCGGAGUUGGUCGACGUCACCGGAGAAAGUUGUGUGGAAGGGAUGUCAAUGGAGAGUGUUGGAAUGUUGCCUGUUUGUCAAUAUGAUCAUAGCAAGAUGAACUACUCCAUUUCUUGUUCCAUUUGCUUAGAGGAAUUGGAAGAUGGAGAAUUUGGUAGGAUACUUCCAAAUUGUGAUCAUUUCUUUCAUGUGGGAUGCAUAGACCAAUGGCUACACUUGCAUGGAUCUUGCCCAAUUUGUAGAAAAUGUUGUAUUUAAACCAUACCUCAUUAUAUUGUAAAAUUAAUUUUGUUUUUUUUUUCUAUAUAUAUAUUUAAAAAAAGAAAAUAUAUUUAAGUCAUUAUUA